CUUAUGGAAAAAUAAAAUAGACUUGUGUACCACUUGUCACAAUUUUCUACCGCAACCUUCUUCCCACAAUUGUCACACUCUUUAUUCUUAUUUAUUUUCUUGACUUUUUUAUAGACCAAAGUUGAAUAAUCAAAUGAGUACAAGAUUAUAAAUUACUCCCGCCAAGUUAGCCAUUGGUUUUAAGUGUGAAGAAAGGGCAGAGAGGUGGCAAAAAGAGUGCUUUAUUUCACUCUCCUAACUUUCAUCUCCUCUUCCCUUAAAUAUUCCUCAACCAAACCUUCUUUUUCUUCACAUUCCCUCAAUCUGUCCCUCCCUCUUAGAUCAAACCAAACACGCAGUAUAGAAACUUGUUAGUUAACUUGUUUUUCACUUUCUUUUUCUUUUAAGGGAAAACAAAUAUUAAAAAAAGAAAAAAAGAAAAAAAACAGUGAUUAGCUAGCUAGUAGAGGUUACAGGCCAGCUUCGCACCUCAUAGCUAUAAUUUUCCUGCCACUUUCCUUCAAACUUUUUUUUUCCUUCCCUCUCUUUGCAUCAAUGGAGGCUAUGAGUACUCUAAGUUGUUCCUCUAUUAUAUCAAAAACUAUUAUGAAAUUGUCUAAGAAUUGCAAAUGGUGCCCUCCCAAGAAGGUUGACAACAUGGUAUAUUGCCAAAGUAGCAGUGGUAUAAAUGCUAUAAAAUCUGGUAAUGCUUCUUCUGUAAUAACUAAGAGAUCAUCGGAUCAUAGCACAGCUUUAGGAAGUUUGGUUUUGACUCCAAACGGUAGCAGCCAGGCUGAAAUUAAGGUGAAGGAUUUGGUGCCUUAUGGUCAGUCAAAGCAUGAUGAUGAUGGUAUAGGCAUUACCAAGUUUCUGAGAGGCAAAGCAUUUCUCAUUACUGGUGCAACUGGUUUUCUGGGAAAAGUUCUAAUUGAGAAGAUCUUAAGGACAGCACCUGAUGUGAACAAAAUAUUCAUCUUGAUCAAGGCAAAGAACAAACAAGUUGCUAUGCAGAGAUUGAAGAAUGAAAUCCUCAAUGCUGAUAUAUUCAAUCGCCUCAAACAAGUCCAUGGGAAAUCAUAUCAGACUUUCAUGUUGAGCAAGUUGCUACCUGUGGUAGGAAAUGUUUGUGAAUCUAAUCUUGGAAUUGAUGAAGAUACAGCCAACAUGAUGGCGAAAGAGGUUGACGUAAUUGUAAAUUCUGCUGCUAAUACCACUUUUGAUGAAAGGUAUGAUAUUGCACUUGAUAUAAAUACUGGAGGACCUAGCCGCCUUAUGAACUUUGCAAAACAAUGUCACAACCUUAAACUCUUUCUUCAAGUAUCCACAGCGUAUGUUAAUGGACAGCGACAAGGUAGAAUUAUGGAAAAGCCAUUCUGCAUUGGAGACAGUAUAGCAAGGGAGAAAGUCGAUCACAACUCUUUCCCCUCUUUGAAUGUAGAAGAUGAAAUAAAGUUAGUUUUGGACUCUAAACAAGCUUUAGAAGAUAAUUCAGUGGCUCAGAAAAUGAAAGAAAUUGGUUUACAGAGAGCAAACAAAUUUGGGUGGCAAGACACAUAUGUAUUCACAAAGGCAAUGGGAGAGAUGAUGAUAGACAGGAUGAGAGGUGAUAUUCCAGUAGUAAUUAUUAGACCAAGUGUGAUUGAGAGCACCUACAAGGAACCAUUUCCUGGAUGGAUGGAAGGGAGCAGGAUGAUGGAUCCAAUCAUCUUGUACUAUGGUAAAGGGCAGCUCACAGGGUUUCUUGUAGACCCUAAUGGAGUUCUUGAUGUGGUUCCAGCUGACAUGGUUGUGAAUGCAACCUUGGCAGCCAUGGCAAAACAUGGGACAGAAGGAAAACCAGCAAGUAGUAAUGUUUACCAGGUUGCUUCAUCUGCUGUAAAUCCAUUAGUCUUCAAGGACCUGGCCAGAAUGCUAUUUGAUCACUUCAAUUGUUCACCCUACAUUGAUUCCAAAGGAAGACCAAUUCAUGUUCCAAAAAUGUCUCUGCUCAGAUCCAUGGAGGACUUGUCAUCCCACCUAUGGCGAGACGCCAUUAACAGAAGUGGCCUAACAGAUUUGGCUGAUCCAAAUGGAAACUUGUCCAGAAAACUUGAGAAUAUCUGUAGGAAGUCAGUGGAGCAAGCCAAGUACUUGGCUAAUAUUUAUGAACCCUACACUUUUUAUGGAGGAAGAUUUGACAACAGCAAUACUCAGAGGUUGAUGGAAUGCAUGUCUAAAGAAGAAAGACGGCAAUUUGGAUUUGAUGUAGAGAGCAUAGAUUGGAAAGAUUACAUCUCUAGUGUCCACAUUCCAGGGCUAAGGAAGCAUGUGAUGAAAGGAAGAGGAUCAUGCAGUUAAUCUAAGUCUGCUCCUUUAUGUUUCUGCAUCUUACUGUAAUACAACUGCUCUUUUCUUUCCCAAAGAUUUGUGAUUUCCGGACAAGAUCAUCUUUAACAACUACUUCCUGAUAAUCACUGAUGUAACAUCAUUUUCAUAUCCUAUAAAUAAAAUCACUGAUGUAAUAUCAUA